ACUCUUGAACAACAAAGUGUAUGUAAAUAUCUGCCCACGGGUGUUACAAAUUAAUAUGUUGAUGAAAUAUUAUUCCGUCGUCAUACUGUGUCUUUCUGUCGUCAACGGAGAACAUGGAGAACCUAAAUGUUUUUCGAGGUUUGACUAUGACGAGAAAAUGUUAAUGAAACAAUUAAGAUUGGAAGACAAAGUUCAGAAAUUCGAGGAUUUUAUUAACGGAGUAAAGGCGCGAGAAGCCAAGGAAAAGGAGGAGCGCGUUGAAUUGUUUGCUGCAGAAUUAGAGAAAGUUAAAAACUUCCAGGAGGUUUUGAAUGAAGUAAAGGCGAGGGAAGAAAAGGAAAAAGAGAAACGCAAACAAUUAUUUGCAGCAGAGUUAGAAAAAUAUAAACAAGAGAUGUCGGAAGAAACUGAACGACAGAAAAAUGUGACGUCAGAAAUGCUCGAAAGUGUGACGAGUUCUGAGAAUAAGUUUGACAAAAAUCAUGAACAGAAAAAUGAGAGAAUGAAAGGAAAAGUUGUGGCAUUCACAGUGACCGUACCUAAGGCGGGUGCUACAUCAUACUCUAUGACUUUUACAACGGUCAUUAUAAACGAAGGUAACGGGUUUGAUACAUCGACUGGCAAGUUCACAUGCCCUGUUAGCGGGCUCUACUACUUUUCUUUACACAUCGUCAAAAGGUAUUCAUCCAGUGUCGGCUAUGCCGGAUGUUACAUUUAUCUGAACGGAUCAAAUAAAGUGGAAGCUCACACAGAUCCACAGAGCGGUGCAGACUACGGAAGUUACGGAGUUUCGACGUCGGUGUAUUUAAAAUUGAAGGUUGGAGAUGUGGUGAUGUUAGGUGGUUGCAGCAGUGGUAUUUCCGACCGUGUAGAAUCACGGACAUCAUUUAGUGGUCAUUUAGUACAAGAAGUUUAUUAACUUAUAAAUAUAAAUAUAAAUAUAUAUAUAAUUUUAUACAUGCAUGUAUUUUUUAGAAUUUGUGUAACAAAAAAGUGCUCCGACUUCUUUCUCGCUUGAUAUCUAAAAGUUCGUACCCAAGUUUUAAAUGAUAAUCAGAGGUUAUCAGCUUAUUUUGAAGAUUCUGUCCAUUCUUAGAAACAGUGUGUACUUUAUUCGAUAAAACUUUAAAAUUGAGAUUUUCAUAUGGAAUUUACCCUUUAUAAAUUUUGAAAUGUUUGAUACCGAAAGCUUUAUUUUGUUCACUUUUCAAAAUAUUAUGUUUAUAGACUCGUUCAAAUCGAAUUGUAUUCCAAUAUAAGUUUAUAUAAAUCACGUGACCCCUUGUUUGUAAAACUAUUUUGUAUUGUGAUUACAAUGAUUACAGAAUACAUAUAAUGAUAGCGAGCAAGCAUGGUUCAGAUCAUCGUCAAACCAAUAAUAAACGCUGAGAAACAAUU